AUGGCAGUGAACGUACCUCAAUUUAAACUCAACAAUGGAGUAUUGAUGCCCAGCGUCGGCCUGGGAUGCUGGAUGGGAGCCAAGGGAGGUGGCGAGAGGGUCUACCAUAUGGUCACGGCCGCUCUCAAGGCCGGCUACCGCCAUGUCGACACGGCAGAUGGCUACGGAAACGAGGAGGAAGUAGGCCGUGCGAUCCGAGACUCAGGCAUUCCGCGCAAGGAGAUCUUCGUCACGACAAAGCUCAACAACACCGACCACCACCGAGUCCAGGAGGCGUAUGAGCGCUCCCUGAAGGCACUCGACCUCGAGUACAUUGAUCUUUGGCUGAUGCAUUGGCCCCAAGGCUCACAGGACGGCCGCAGCCUGAAGCCGGAUGAAAGCCCCACGUACCACGAGACAUGGGCUGAGAUGGUCAAAGUCUAUGAGACUACGGGCAAGGUGCGCGCCAUCGGCGUCUCCAACUUCGGUGUGCCAAUCUUGAAGUCCUUGCUCGCGACGACCAAGGUCGUCCCGGCUGUGAAUCAGGUCGAGCUGCAUCCUUGCUUGCCCCAGGAGAACCUGCGCAAGUUCUCGGCUGACCACGGCAUUGUCCUCACUGCGUACUCGCCAAUUGGACAACCAGCUCCCGACCAGGUAUCUCCCCUCCUCACUGACGAGAGUGUGAAGGAGGUUGCCAAGAAGCACGGCGUCACCGAGGGGCAGGCCGUCCUCAGCUGGGCUGUGCAACACGGCAUCGUAGUAGUACCCAAGAGCGAGAACCCGGAGCGUAUGAAGGCCAACAUCACCCUCGUACAUCUGGAUGAUGCGGAUGUGAAGGCGAUCGAUGCUGUGCAUAAGAAACCUGACUUGCACCGCAGUCUGCUUGGCUACCAUAGCCCUGACGGUUCUGUUUUUGGAUGGACAUACGAAGAGAUGGGUUGGGAACUGCAAGCUGGUGCCAAGGUGAAGGCUUGA